GAGAUGGCAUUGUAAACGCUGGAGCGAGGUUCUGCCUACCCCGAGACUGCUGCUGUUCUGAGACCUGCAGGUGAAUGCCCCAUUACCAUGUCUGACCAGGAGGCAAAACCUUCAACUGAGCAUUUGGGAGAUAAGAUAAAAGAUGAAGCUAUUAAACUCAGGGUUAUUGGACAGGAUAGCAGUGAGAUUCAUUUCAAAGUGAAAAUGACAACACCUCUCAAGAAGCUCAAGAAAUCGUACUGUCAGAGACAGGGCGUUCCAGUGAAUUCCCUCAGGUUUCUCUUUGAAGGUCAGAGAAUUGCUGAUAAUCAUACUCCAGAAGAACUGGGAAUGGAGGAAGAAGAUGUGAUUGAGGUUUAUCAGGAACAAAUCGCAGGUCAUUCAACAGUUUAGACAUUCUUUUUUUUUUUUUCCUUUUCCCUCAAUCCUUUUUUUAUUUUUUAAAAUAGUUCUUUUGUAGCGUGGUAUUUAAGACGGAAUUGAAAACAGGCACUCCAUCUCUUUAAAACAUCUGGUAAUUUGAAUUCUAC